AUGUCACAGGAGGUCAAUGGGGUGGAAGCCUCUAAAGCAAAUGAUAGUCAUUCAAGAGUGCCGAAAGAAAAGCCCGUACGCGGAAUCUCGCAUCAUCAAGGCCGCCGCACCAAUAAAGCGAAAACGCAGAAAAAUUCCAGACGUGGGACUAGAGAAUCGAAGACGGCUUCAAAUAGUGACCUGGAGUUCAAUUUGCAGGACGAGCUUGUUCAAGGUAAUUUUAAGGCCAGGGGCCGUAAAACGCAAAUUUCAAUCAAUCAUUUGCUGGACUUUCAACUUCCGGAAAGAUCUCUGGAAAUUGGUACUCCCGCAGGUGGAACGGCAAGACGAAAAGCCCGCCGUUCAGAAGAAGACCACGUAUACCUACAUGGCGAAUCGUUUAUCAAUGCAAAUUUCAAGUUUUUGGUGGAGGAUCAGUUCCCGUACCAGGAACAGACUUUGGAUCCUAAUAUUCCUAUACCGCGGGAAAGGAUCGUGCGAGUUGAAGUUUUGAAAGGCCAGAGCUGUCCAAUAUGCUUGACGGAAGAUAUUGUUGCCCCGAGGAUGAUUAGUUGCGGACAUCUGUUCUGCUACACUUGUAUGCUGAGUUUCUUCGCCAAUAACAACGAUGAUGAGUCGUCAGUUAAAGACGGUGCUACUUUUAUGCGUAAGAAAUCGAAGCGAAAGGAGUGUCCUUUAUGCAGCACAUUUGUACGCCAAGAGACAGCAGUGCCAGUAAAAUUCACCGAAAUCCGUGAGUCUCUGAAUUUGCCUCAAGCGGGGCAAAGUACUCGUUUCGAGCUUAUGUGCAAGCCCCACGGAUCAAUGCUAGCUCUACCGGUACAGUUAGAUAUUGAUCCAAUGUCUCUGAAUCAUUUUCCCUCGGUGGAACUCUCUGAGUUGGCACCCUAUACACGGAUUAUGAGGUGCAGCUAUGAACACGCAAUUGAUCUUUACAAAAAGGACUUGAACGAUAUCAAGAUACAAGCGGACCUCGAUCGUGCCAUUUACAAUGAUGACGGUAAGUUUUCUACUAUCGCCAUGAAUAACAUAACUUCACGGAUCAAGGUAUACGAGGAGACGACUACGGAGCGUCGAGAGCACAGGCAACAUCAUUCAUUGCCGGCCGACUUAUCUCAGCUAUCGAUUAAGGCUUCUCACGAAAAAUACGAUGACCAAAAUGCGUUCUUCUUUUACCAGACUGCUUUCGAGGCUAACACGCACUACUACUUAUCUCCGCUCGAUGUGAAAGUUUUGAUCACUGCCUUUGCACAGUACUCGAAAUUUCCUUCCAUUCUCUUUGCCCAAGUAGAAGAUGUUCAUCAUGGAGCUGUCGUAACUGAAUCGCUUUUGCACAAAUUCAAAUAUAUUGGACACCUGCCCUUUGGUAGCGAUGUUACAUUCGUUGAUGUGGACUGGCGCAGCGUUCCCGAUCUGCCCUCCGAUGUGUACCAGAGGUUUGCCCCAGAACUAAAUUCGAGGCGUCGCAAAUCGGCCUCGAAGAAACAACGCGAAGACAAGGAAAAGCGUCGUCAUGAAAAACGUCUAGAGAGACAGCAAGAAGAAUUUUACAUGCGUGAAAACGGCGAACUUCCCGAUUCUGCUGCUGCACCUUCUGUGCCUAUACCAAUUCAGCAUGGCCGUGCUCAACAGCAAUCUUCGGGACAGAUGGUCGCUGAAAAUUUGGGUAGCUCACACCUCGAACAAGAGAGCAAAGAUUCGCAGCAGACUUCUGGAAAAUUAGAAAAAACCAUCUGGGGAACGUCUAUUCCAAGAACAGAGCAAAAAUCUGAUGAGGACCUCGAAUUUGAGCGAAUGCUGCAAAACAUAGACGAGCAGAAACGAUCCCUGUCUAGCGGCAAAAAGAAGGGUAGAAGAGUGACGUUGAUGAGCUCAGGCAAUUCUCGCAGGGCGCUGUGA